AUGCUGUGGGUCCCCCAAGCGGGAAUCUUGCUUCAACAUCGGACAACAGGUAGAAAUGAUUUAGGAAAUUAUUUUGCGCUUUUUUUACACCAUGGGGGAAGAUUUGUAACUAUUGAGAACACUAAGGAGUAUUUUGGAGGUGAUGAUUCUUUCAGAUACGGGUUUGAUAUUGAUAGGUUUGGUUAUUUUGACCUUGAGGAAGAAGUUAAGAAAGUAGGAUACAGUGAAUGGGCUAUCUGUUCUGAGAGUGAGAAUGAGGAUGCCAAUGAUAAAUCUGAUUCUAAGGAAGAUACCAAUGAUUUUAUUGAUAAUUAUAACAUUGGAGUUCAAGAUGAGCUUGAGCAGCCUAAAGGAGAAGAACCUACAAGGAGAGUUCUAGUUCAGAUGGGCUAUCAGCUGAUGAACUUGGCACUGAUGAUGAAUAUUUAA